CAACUAACUUAGGAGUUCUCCUUUUUGGUCGACUGACAGAAAGCCAUCACCAUUCUAUUCCCAAUCGUGAUGUAACAACUUGGAGUCUUACGCAACACAGUCCCUGGUAAUCAGCAUGGGUCGCGUCGAAAAGAAUCGCACACGAUCCUCUCGCUCGCGUCCUGUUUCGUGCCAGUCCUGCCGAUCGCGCAAGUUAAGGUGCAGCCGACAGUUUCCUUGUGCCAAUUGCACCAGUCGCGGGAUUUCUUGCCAAAUAGAAGGGCCUUCAACUCUAUCCGUCAGCAGUAUAGACGAAGCUGCCGACCCCCCUUCCGAACCAUUCCAGGAGAAUGUAUUGGCUCGUUUGCGCAGGCUCGAGAGUAUUGUGAUAGGACAGGGUGGACAUCCCCGUACUCCCCCGCCUCAGACAGGUUCGCGGCCAGGACCUCCCCGACCUCGAGGCAAAGGCGACUUGACUGCAUCAUUGACAGGAAGGUCUUCUGUCGUUGAUGUGGACUGGCUUGAAUCCCAGAUAUCACAUCCAGGCUCCGCCGUAGGGCUAUGCGUUGCGGAGUAUGAGUUCAAAACAUGCGCCAUCAGAGACGCCAUAUCCUCACCAUCCACGAGGAACACCAGCCCUUUGGAGAAAAACUCAACAAGAUAUAUCUGGCUUCCACUCUAUGAGGAGUCGAAGCAGAUAGUUGAAAAGUAUCUUACUGAGAUCACUUAUCACCAUCAUGUUGUCCACAUUCCCUCCGUCCGCGCGCUUGUGGAUGAUCUAUAUCGGGAUCUGAGCAUGAAAAAACCCAUAAAACUGGGACAAAUGUCCUUGCUCCUGGCGAUGCUGGCUAGUACUGCAUUCUUCUGGACAGAGCGGGAUAUGGACAAGUCAGUAUUCUCCUCUCUCGCAGAGGCAGACGUACAAUCCAAGACUUGGAUGAAUAUUACUCUUGAAAUCCUGGAAUACUCCCGCUUUACGAAUUCGGAGUCUCUUGAGGAUAUCCAAGCACUGAUAAUUAUUAGCUUCUUGGUCUGUAACAUUGUGGGAAUCACCUCGCAGGCUCGAUAUCUUUUCGGUACAGCCACUUCAAUGGCAUGGCAGCUGUCUCUGCACCGAAUAGAUCAUCCAAAUAAUGCAGAGCUCGAUCUUCCCCCGUCAGAUUCGGUGCGUGCGGAAAUAUCCAGAAGAGUAUGGUGGUAUCUAGUCUCAACAGACUGGCAAAUAUCCCAAGUCGCAGGUCUACAGAAGGGCACCUACAUGAUCAAUCCUCGCCAAAUGGCUACCGCCAAACCUGCCAAUGCAAACGAUGAAGAUCUGUUCGAUGGCAUGACCGAUGUCAGUAAACCUUUUGAUCAACCAACAUCUAUGUCAUACUGUCUCCACCGGAUCCGACUAGGGGAGAUCUGUCGAGAAAUCAGUGACAGUAUCCCCUUUCUAGAAAUCGGGCCCGGGGAUCCAGAUUAUCGACAGAUAAAAAAGAUCGAUAAAAGAAUCUGCGAAUGCGCCCAGGCGAUGCCGCCAUUCUUCUCCCUGGAUUAUAAACCGUACCAACUUCCGGAUACCGACCCGCGCAAAUCUCCCGGGAUAGUCAUUCAACGAUACAUUGCCAACACCUUACUCUAUACGCAACGUGUCAGGUUACACUUGCCAUACUUGUCUCGGGCAUCAUCAGAGCCCAUGUAUCGUUACUCCAGAGACGCAUGUCUCGAGGCGGCACGCAUGGUUAUCCGCACAGAAGAACAACUUUCCUCAGAGAAGUUUCCUUUCGUUCUAGUACGACUUAAAUUCUCCGCCGUCAUCCACUGCGUGUGCAUGGCCAUCAUUGUUCUCUUGAUGGAUCUUUGUCUGAAUAAGACCCUCUGGACAGAGGACGACAGAGAGCGCCGAACUGAGAUCUUCAAUGCAUUUGGCAUUCUAGAAGAAGCCAAGGACCAGUCACCAUUUGCAGGAAGACUCCUCGAGUCUUUUUACUCUAUUCUUCGACGAAACAAGGCAAACACCGACAGAAGUUCAGAAACCCAAUCGAGCAAUGUUAUUCGACAGUCUCACGCAGAACCCUCCACGUCGCAGAUUGCUUUAACUGAGACUGACAUGGAGAGCACGUCCAUGGAGCCGAACGUGCCCUUUUUCGAUGAUUUCUGGCAAACAUUUGAUACGAGCGUGGACCCGUCUAAUCUUUUUGAUUGGGAUACUCUAUUGUCGGAGCUGGAUAACCCGUCCUUGUCGAUUUAAUCAGCUACUAGAGGCUGACGUUAUGAUUUCCGGCGCGAAUUGCUGCUCAUCCGGUCCCGAGAAAAAAGUGUAAAAUCAACCUGUAUGUAUCUAUGAGGUCAUCUCGUCAUU